UAAAAUUUUGUGAUUUGAAGCAAUUUUGAAAUUGUACCAAAUGGAUUCAGUCCAGGAAGUGGUUGUCCCAACAUUCGUUAAUGCGCACUUAUUUUGGAUAAUAGACAAGAAAGACUUGCUUUUACGCGCAGCGAUGGAAAAAGUAAUGAGAAGUAAUAGAUGUAAUAAAAUUAAGGGUCUUGGCGAAGUUUCUAAUGAUCAGAUUGUGGCAGUUAAUGUUGAGGGUGUGUGGACAAGAGCGAUAGUCAAAGACGUUGAAAAAGAUUUUGGAAGUGAUUUUAAAUACAAAUGUUGGCUUCCUGAUUAUGGCACUAUGAGAGUAGUGAAUAAUUUAUUUCAUUUACCUGAAGGGUUAGAAGAGUGUCCACAUCUUGCCAGACAGGCCAGUUUGGAAAACGUUGUUAAUUUAAUGACGGAUUUAGUUCUUGGUGAUAGUGGAUACGAAUUCCAAUUCAAAACAACAACUGAUGAUAUUGAAGGUGUUCAAAGAGUCGCUCUUGACUGUCUUGAGGCAGCGGAAAAGUUAUUCUUUGAAGCAAAAAGACAAGACGAGUUUAACUCUUAUGGGGAUAUCACCUGUGUUUAUCAAGAGAAUGCCAAAGAAUCACUUACAGAAUAUUUAAUUGAUAAGAAGCUUAUAAGAAUUGACGAAGCCUUAUUCAAAACAUUGGAACCCAGUAGAACUACCUUUAAGGAAAACUACUUUCAACAUAUAGUAAAUGUGCAACAACCGCUAGUUAAGACGGAAAGAAACUUUAACAGAAUUAUUUUCAACCAAAAUGAGGGUGUUUCAAUGAACUUCUUCAAACGAAACUUUGCGCCGGAUGAAGACUCCAGUGAUUGGUAAAUUUGGAACCAGCCAUGCACCCGGCGACAGUAAAUCCUAACCUCACAACUCCACAAACGUUCAGCUACAAAGACAUCCUUGUAAAGAAAUUAGUCCGUGCCGUAGCUUGUAGCGUAAUUUCCCAAAUAGUCGUACUUUUAAUUUAUAUAAUAGUCGCCAAUGCCAAUAUUUUAUCACCGGCGGAAUGGACGAGCUCAAUACUCAACACCUUCACACACUUAAGCACAUGGAUUUUUGUUGUUAUUUUCUCGUUGAUCAUAUUCGCGCAGUGCCUGAUAUGUGCCAAAGAUUACGUUUUGAUGACUUUCUACUGCUCAACCCGAUUUCAGCAAAUUUGCCGCAUAUUCUCGGUUCACAAUUUCGUCCUUCUUCUGCUUCAUGUGGUAACAGGAGGCGCGUUUGUUUGGCAAAUCCUUUCCGUUAUUGAAAGUAGUAAUCAGUCCUUAACCACUAAGUGUAUUGACGAGAAUCGUAGUUGUUUAGUUGAAGACGUUUUUUUCUUAAUAAUUGGGGGUUUCUGGACCGGUUUUUAUUUUUUUACAAAAGUGUAUGUUUCAACCAAGCAAUUAGUGUUUCCUGUUAUCCAACAGCGGAAGUUUCUGCAGUUUCGCACCAAUGUUUCUGUGUUGUUUAAGCAAAGUUUGGCAAUGGCCGUUUGGCCCACUUUUUAUUUUGCUUUAUUUUAUUACUUUUGGGGGAAUCAAUUAGAGAGUCGUUUUGUGGCUUUGGUUAAUUUGGACAGAGCUUCACGCGAGAGUAGUGUUUUAGUUUAUGUUUAUUUGUGGUGGUUUGCGACCUUGUAUUGCUUCAGUAACAAUCUGAUGCGAUUCUUUUUCCAUUUGUUCCUCACCGAACCGGUUCAGUUUCCAAUUGUUAAGGAAAAUGUUUAUAUUUUAACUCUCCAAGAAGCCAUAAACAUGGAUAAUCUACCAAUAAUUCAAAACCUAGCAUGUUUGGACUUAUUCCUAUUAUCUCAAUGGUCCCCAAUGCGGCGACAGUUACUCUUCACUUUAUCACAACCUGGAGGACAUCCCCACAACUGGAACUCCUUGACUGAAAGUGUGCUAAAACUAUUCUCGGACUACACCAACCUUUUGAAAAAAUCUACAGAACCACCAACGCAAGAAAAACCGAAGAAACAAACCGAAACCAUCACUCCAUUUUCACCAGUGGUCCAAUCACCUCAAACAGAUCCGAGUCUCAAGUUCAGGAAUUUAAGAAAUUUGUCGAUGAGUAGUGAUUACUUGGAUGUGGUGAAUGUCACACACACUGGAUCUUCAAAUAGCGUCAAAUCGUUCAAGAAAAGUAUUGAUGAAAGUGUCCAGAAAAUUGUUUCGUUCGUGAAAAUCCUGUUUGGAAUAAAUUUCCUGUUUGGGGAGUUGCCCCAAGUCAACAUUCAGAAGUGUUUGGGGAAUGGACAAUUGAUAAUUUGGGCAAGUCAGGGAAUUUCCGAACUGGCGGCUGUUUCGUUGGUUGAGGAUAAAUACGGCAUAGUUCAGAAGGACUUGCCUGUGAUUAUAUCAAGUUUGGUUCAGUUGAAACAGAGUUUGGACAAACUGAACAAAGUCCCGUCUUUGUCGAGGAAAGUCGCAGCUCUGGACGAUUUCAAUUAUCGGAUGAAAAAUGCUGUUAUUGCAGCCGUUAAACACAGUUUAUUUAAAAUUUGUUUGAACUUUGGGGAAUAUUUUAGCGAUGUUCCGCUGAGUAAAGACGUCCUGCAUUAUUUGCAGAUUAAUUUUAUGUUGAAAACGCCUAACUAAAUGUUGCCUCAAUUAAGACUGUACUGUUUUUAUUUAAUAAAUUUUUGGGAUAA